AUGCAUUUGAGAUUGGGAGGUUUCUAUCCGCAUGCCUAUUCCACUGUCGGCACUCCGGACUACAUUGCACCUGAAGUGUUCCAGCACAAAGGUUACACGAAUUCAUGUGAUUGGUGGUCACUGGGAGUCAUCAUGUUUGAGAUGCUGAUCGGUUAUCCUCCAUUCUGCUCCUCAACACCUCAGGAAACAUAUAAGAAAGUGAUGAAUUGGAAAGACGCCCUGUUCUUUCCACACGAAAUGCCCAUUAGUUGGAACGCACGACAUUUGAUCCAGUCAUUUUGUUGCGCACCCGAAUCCCGUCUGUCCAGCCUGGAUGAGAUUCGACGGCAUCCGUUCUUCCACAAUGUGGAUUGGGAACAUAUUCGCGAGCGACCGGCUGCAAUCGCCGUUCAAAUACGAUCGAUAGAUGACACGAGCAAUUUUGACGAGUUUCCCAACGCAGACCUUAGUUGGCCAAAUGUGACGGAUCCGAUGAAAAGCUAUCAGAAGAAUCUGGCAUUCAUCAACUAUACAUACAAAGCAUUUGAUGGUUGGACAAACAACGACCGGAUCCUCGGACAUCAGCUGUUGCAACAGCAACGACAUCAAAGUGCUCUGGCCUCGCGGGAGUUGAUGAGUGCAGUCAGCAUGCCAUCCGCAUCGAGUACGGCGGCCACCAGAUAA